GUGACUUGUAGUGUAUCCGGUUGUUGUCCGCUGCUAUGUUGUUGUUUUCAAACACAAAUAACGACAAGUAAAUCAUAAUCGGCGCGUCGGAACUUCACGUAAGACCUGGUGGACCUGGCUCUUGGGUGUUGUCUGGUGCCCACCAUGUCCAGCUGCGUGGCCUUCCACAGCCAGUUAACCUCCAUCAUGGAGAUGCUGGCGAAGACAGCCGUGAUGGAAGUCAGUAAGCUGUGGCAGGACGAGCUCGCCGUCCUGCAGGCUGAGCUGAGGCGGAGGGACGGGGAGGUCGAAGCCCUGCAUGUGAAGCUCCGGCUGCUGGAGAUCGAGAGGACCUCGAGAGCGAGUCCGCCGAGGAGGACUCGACCGAGCUCCGCAUCAGUUCUGCGCCCAGGAAUCGAUAGGGAGGAAGUCCUGGGUCCAGCCCAGUGUGCGGUAGAUCUGCAGCGGCAGCAGCCAUCUUCGCCACCAGCGCCCCCUACAGCAGAGAAGGAGCAUCUCCUAGCAGAUCAGUGUGAAACGGAUGAGGAAGAGUUGAUCUUGAAGCUGGAGGAUGACGACGACGACGACGACGUCCAGAUCAUGGAGACGGUGGAGAUCGUGCAGCCCGUUGGAACGACAGAGGAGCCGCAGCGACGCGUGUGGCCCCGAUCAGCGACAGACAAUGACGACUUGUUCGAACCGAAGCAGAUGUCUCAAAAUAUUGACUCGCAAAUCAGUCUCAUCCAAAAUGCCUUGAAUCUUGUUAGCGGCUCGGUAGAGAGGUCGUCGCCGGACCGGCUCAAUAAGGAAGGCAAACACGGAUGCUCCCCGCCGUCGCCACGACAACGCAUCAACAGUCCACCAAACCAGCUCCACGACCCACUGGGAGUCGUGCUGCUCCGGAACUGCCCAGAGUUUGACCCGAGUGUGGCCAGCGCCCGGGUCAGGGAGAAGUGGUUCAUCUGUCCCAUCUGUGGCAAGAGCUUCGACCGCUUCAGCCACCUGGAGAUCCACCACCGCAUCCACACCGGCGAGAAGCCCUACUCCUGCAACGUGUGCGGGAAGUGCUUCUCUCAGAGGAGCAACCUGCGCACGCACCAGCGGAUUCACAAGGCGCUCUACGUGCACAACUCCCAGACCACCUGAUGGCUGAGCAACCCCUGUACACCUGUCGCUAGCUCGUCCUUCUAGAAUAAAGCCUUUAUCAAUGAAAA